UCCAAGUAAGAUGGCUGCGGGAAAGGGAAGAGUGUUUGAGAAAUCAUCAAAUGGGAUGUUUAUCUGUCUCUAACAGGAUGCACAGCAGCCCGAAUGAAGGAGUGGUUAAUGUGUCAGCUCCCCCGGCUCACUAUGGUCUAGCUCGCCAGUUGUCUCCGGCUAACUCGCGCGCUGUUCACCCGUUUACUGCUCUGACAUUGUGGAAUUCAUUAGCAGCUAGCCGUUAGCAACCUACGAGCGCUAACUUACUAGCAACCAGCUAGCAGGUAUCCGUGGAAAUCAGGAGCUCGCAACAACUGUUGAGACUCCUACAGCUAUCAAAGCGCAGAGUGGCCGUCCUGACUGGCUAUGGAGUGGAGUUGGCUUCAGACUGGAUGACAGGGUCUACAGGGCGGACAGGGUCACACAGAUUCUAACGCAGCAGCAGUGGGCUUUUUCCUCGAUGUACACUGACUGGCAGUGACAGCACAUUUUCAGCCGACCUCCUUCCCCUCCUUCUCUGUAUUCGGAUACACUUUCCCUCCCCUUCCUCCCCCUCUUCUCCCCCCUCUCCCUCCUCCUCCUCCUCCUCCUCCACCUCCUCCCUCCCACAUCUUUUCCUUUUCUUCCCUCUUAAUUUCUUUUUGCCCUCGGUUGCUUCAAAACUCCAACUUUUUUUUUUUUUUUUUACUGGAACUUCCUCUCUCGUCUUUGAGUUCCUGUGACCUGCCUCUCACUGAGUCCAGCAUGAGCUGGUUGAGCAGGUUGAACCCGCGGGGUCCAGGGAGCCGGUCCGGCCGGAGUGCCGCCCCCUCCAGCCCCUGCACUGCUGACCCAGAGACAUGCCUCAUGGUGUUUGAGAACCACUGGAGACAGGUCUCUUGGGUGCUGGAGCAGCACGAGCCUUCAUCCUCCAGCGAUGACCUGACAGCAGUGAGGAAUCACACCGACCAGAUGUUAUGUCUACUGGCAGAGGAGCGGCCUGCAGAGAGCCCGGAGGGUGGCGCAGGCGUGGCACCCAUGGGCCCCAUACUGGAGCUGGUGGUCACCGAGAACAUUCUGGAGUGCCUGGUUCAGUGGCACCUCCGCCGCGGCCUGGACCCAGACAGCCAGGGGGCGCUGCUCAAGCUGUUUGAGAUGCUCAUCGGCCAGUCCCAGCAGCCUCUGCUGCAGCACACAGCCGUCCUCCACCCUCUGCUGAGGCUGCUGGGAGCCUGCGCCGACCCAGAACUUGGGUGUCCUUCAGCUCUGGAAAACAGCCUGGUGCUGCUGCUCAACCAGGUCUGUGUGUCCAUGGCCCGGCAGCCUGUGGUUCUGGAGAUGUUGUUCCGGGCGGCACCGGCUCAGCAGGGCUCCACCAAUCUCCUCAUCUUCUCCCUCCUCGUGCCGUUCAUCCACCGAGACGGAGCCAUCGGACAGCAGGCCCGAGACGCGCUGCUGCUGGUCAUGGCGACCUCGGCGAGCAACGAGGCCGUGGCACGUUACAUCGCUGAGAACUCCUACUUCUGCCCGGUGUUGGCGACGGGCCUCAGUGCCCUCUACUCCUCGCUGCCCAGGAAGAUUGAGGUUCGGGGAGAUGACUGGCAUGCCCUGCGUCGGGAGGACUGGAUGGGCGUGUCGUCGCUCGUGCUGUUCAUGAACUCACUGGAGUUCUGCAACGCUGUGGUGCAGGUCGCUCAUCCCCUGGUCCGCUGCCAGCUCUUGGACUACCUCCACAACGGCUUCCUCGUACCCGUCAUGGGCCCCGCACUGCAUAAGUCGUCGGUGGACGAGAUGAUUGCCAGCACCGCCUACCUGGACCUUUUCCUGCGCAGUGUGUCGGAGACAUCCCUCCUUAAAACCUUCCUGCGCUUCAUCCUGCUGCAUCGCCACGACAACGACACCAUCCUGGACACGCUGCUCACACGCAUCAGCAGCAAUUCAAGGCUCUGCAUGGUAUCACUGAGUCUCUUCAGGACUCUUCUGUCUCUGAACUGUGAAGACAUCAUGCUGCAGCUCAUUCUCAGGUAUCUACUGCCCUGUACCCAUGUAAUGCUGAGUCAGCGUCGUGCCAUCAGGGAGACUGACCUGUACGGAAAGUCGGCAGACAAGUUCCUAUCUCUGAUCCCAGAGUGCUGCCGACUGAACCCAGCGUCCUCUGCUGAGCGGGACGAGGAUGGUGCAUUCUGGGGUAAAGUACUGAAUAGUCCCAGUACAGAGUCUCCAGCCCCACCCAGACCCAGCACCCCAUCCCGCUUAGCCUUCUUCAUGCGCCAACAGAGCAGCGGAUCAGGAGGAGGGGGUCCCUCUACCCCCACCAGUAUGGAGCCGCUGCAGUCGGGUCCUUCCGGCUCCCACCCUCUGUCCCCUGACAGCCCGAUGCACCAGCAGCAGACUAGCACAGAGUGUCUGGACUGGGAUUCGGGUUACCUGGAGUACCUCAAAGACGCCCGGCGGGGCAUCGAGCUUUGCUCCUGGGCCUGCCGCGACUGGUCGGCGCCCUAUGAUGGAGAAAACCCCUCCCCAAACGCGGCCCCUCCACCCCCACCUCCCCCUACCUCCAACCCUUCCAUGGCCAUGUUCCCUGAGCACUUCUCUUUCCAGCAGGGAGGAAGCAGUAACACCCCUCCAGGCCAGCAGAGGGCGGCCAUCGUGGCUGCGGCACGAUCCGAGUGGAGCAGCUCGGAGCGGGACAGCGGAGAGUGGGAUGUUACGAUCGGCAAAAACAACUGCAUCAGCCUCACGCCACGCUCCAAGAAACGAAGCCUGCAGAGAGAGGAGCUCCUGCCAAAGCCUGUACCUCAUCUCGUCCCCUCCUCCUCUUCUUCAGCCACACCUUUAUCAACAUCCCACCCCGCCUCGUCCCCAGCUCCUCACAAUCCCACCUCGGCCAUCACUGUUAGCUACCAGGCCAUGUACAAUGGAACAAUGGGGCAGGGGGACGGGUGCUCAGACAAUCAAGACAGAGGGCUGGAGGUAAAGAAAGUAAAGAGAGACUUGGGGGAGCAGCAGUAUUUGGAUGAAAAUGCAAAUCAAAAUGGAUCCCUCGUCACCUGUCCUUCCCAAAGCUGCAGCGCUCUCCCACAGUCCAUUUUUAGCAACAGUGAAAUAAGUGAUGCAAAAUCACUUUGCUCUAACCAGAUCUCCUCUCAGAGCCCUGUCCCCCAGCCAACGUCUGACACCAAACUGCUGACCAGCGACACCUCAAACCCACACAGUGCAUCCUCAGAUCUUCCAGAAGCCAAUCAGACGCAACAAUCUGUAGAGAGUCUCAUCCAGGAGCUACUGGAGCAGGCGCCAGGAGAGCCACAGCUCCCCGGAGACGCCAAUGGUCAGGGCAUCAGCAUCGAGGCCUUCACACAGGAGCUGAGGGAGCUGGAGGACCGGGUGAAGGAGCGCAGCAGAACAGCCUGCCAGCAGGAGGACACCGCCAGAGAGUCCAUGUCCUCUGAGCAGCAGGACGAGGAACAGCAGCUGUCCUCGGCCCUGGAGAUGAAGCAGACAGGUGACGCAAAGGGAGACGGGCCUGUGGUGGGCCUCUGCAGUCCUGCCAGACCACUGAAUCAGCCCGCCUGUCAGCCAUACACAGGUCCGUUCAUGGUGGUUCUGUUUGCCAAGCUGGAGAACAUGCUCCAAAACUCGCUGUACGUCAACAUCCUGCUCACGGGCAUCGUGGCCCAGCUGGCCUGCUAUCCUCAGCCGCUCCUACGCUCCUUCCUGCUCAACACCAACAUGGUCUUCCAGCCCAGCAUCAAGUCACUGAUCCAGGUUCUAGGUUCUGUGAAGAACCGCAUUGAGGCAUUUGCAGCCUCUCAUGAAGACUUCCCUGCCAUGCUGAAGAAAGCUCAGCAGUACCUGGUGGCCCGAGGCAAAGUGGACUGGUCAGACUUGCCUGCGGCAGUUCCUCCCCUGCGGCGCUCUGAUUCAUUAGUGAAGAGUCGUAAGCCAUCUCUCGGAGACCUGAUCCUUCGCCACACCAACAGCCCGACCCGGGCUCGACACGCUGCUCAGCUGGCCCUUGCACACGUACGAGACGGCGGCCAAUCACUGCACAGCGCUCUGUUCAGGGGCGGUGGAGGCGGAGGGGCCUCUGGCCUGGAGAAGCAAGCUGAGGCACUGCGAGUGAAGAACGCCGUCUACUGUUCCGUUAUCUUCUGUGAGUUCCUCAAGGAGCUGGCUGCGCUGGCUCAAGAGCACGCUGUCUCACUGCCUUUCCCUCAAAGCCAGGAGGCAGAGGAAUAGAC